UAUUGUUGAUGAAACGCUGUGAAAUCACCGCCGUUGACAUCUUUGAUCAUCCAUUGUGUACGUCUACUGAGAACCAAAGCUGGCCAGCAGCAGCUGCUAGGGAUUAUAUAAUCAGGUACUCUGCAGCCACAAUCUUAAUUGAUCCCAUUUUUCAGAUUCUUUUUUGGGUUUGAUUCGAUUUGCGAUCUGGGUUUUUGGGUUUAGAGAUUUCUGAUUCACAUUUGAAAAAAAAAGUAGGAAACUUGAUGGUUUUUCGUUUGAUGGAUCGAGGUUUUUAGAGCUUUUUAGCUGAGCUUUAAUGGAGGGCAGUGAUGAAACUGGCAGUGCCAAGCAACAGCGGCCUAAUCCAGCAUUUGGGUCGUCGUCUUUCUUGGUUCCUAAGCCAAACAGCAAUUUAGAUAUUCCCAAUUUCAACCCCUCUCAAAUGGGUUUCCGUAUGAGUCCUGAGAGCAGUAAGAGACCUGGGAUUCCUCCUUCGCACCCGAAUAAUCACAAUUCGAUGCCUUUUUCGAGGCCUCAAUCGGGUUCUUUGCCCCCAUUGAGCUCAGGGUCAUCCCACACUAGGUCUAUGUCUCAACCUCCUUUCUUCUCGCUUGAUUCUUUGCCCCCAUUGAGCCCUUUGACGUACCGCGAGCCCUCGCCUCCUUCUCUGUCUGACCCGAACUCUGUUGAUGUUUCUAUGGGGGAGAGUGUUGUUAACUCUCAUGGAGCUUCGCUUCGUUCCCCGGUUCAUGACAGCACUGCGUAUUGGGCUGGAGAUGGCCGUCCUCCUCGCAGAGGGCACCGGCGCUCUAACAGUGAUGUUUCAUUAGGACUCUCAGCGAUCAGUCAACCUUCGCCGCAAUUGAUCCCUGUUGGGCACCGAACGAGUUUGGAUGAAUCGGCUUCUGGAAAGCCAGUUCAGUUGAUGAGCCAGGGAUCAAAUGGUAAUGCUGAGGGAAUGGACGAGAGGAAAUCGGGGGGAGAGGUUGUGGAUGACUUGUUUAAUGCAUACAUGAAUUUGGAAAACAUUGACCAAAUGAACUUGUCGGGUAACGAGGACAAGGAUAUGGAUAGCAGAGCCAGUGGCUCGAAGACGAAUGGCGGCGAGAGUAGUGAUAAUGAAGUGGAAAGUGGUCUAAAUGGGAGUCGUAACGGCAUGCCAAGGCCAGCUUCAGGUCUUCCAAAUGAGAGGAGGGAAGGACUCAAAAGGACCGCCAGCGGAGAUGUUGUACCUAAUGCUCGACAUUGCAGGAGUAUUUCAAUGGAUAGUUAUAUGGAAAAUCUGAAUUUCGACGAUGAACCACUGAAGCCCCUGCCGGUGGGCCAACAAUCACCCAGCACUUCGCUAGAUGGGAGCUCAGCCAAGUUCAGCAUGGAGUUUGGAAGUGGUGAGUUCAAUGCAGUUGAGCUGAAAAAGAUAAUGGAAAAUGAUAAACUUGCUGAAAUAGCGCUAUCUGACCCCAAACGUGCAAAGAGGAUUUUAGCUAACCGUCAGUCAGCUGCCCGUUCCAAGGAGAGGAAGAUGCGAUACAUAAUAGAAUUGGAACACAAGGUGCAAACUCUGCAGACAGAGGCAACCACUUUGUCUGCCCAAUUCACGUUAUUGCAGAGAGACUCCAUGGGUCUUACAAGUGAGAACAAUGAAUUGAAAUUUCGGCUUCAAUCUUUGGAACAACAGGCCCAACUUAAAGAUGCUUUAAAUGAGGCCUUAACCGGAGAAGUCCAGCGACUAAAGCUAGCCGCUGCAGAGCUCGGUGGAGAAAGCCACCUCUCAAACCAUACUCAACAGAACACGCAACCGCAGCAGUUCGUGCAGCCUCAACAAAAUUGACCACCUUCGCAUCGCCAGAACCAGAACGGCAAUGCUGCUGCUAAGCUUGAGUUGAACCAAUAGGUUGGCCAACGCAAACGUUGGCUUGCGUUGGUCUCUUUGGUGCCAAAAUUUACUUUGAAAUAUGAUGUCAUAAUUAAAUCUAUAUGUAAUUGUCUAAAUUAAUUGACAUAUAUAUUCUUAAGAAGCUUAUGUAACUUAAUUCAUUUUUUGGUUUUCUGUACUGCGAAUUUUCAUGAUAGAAAGAAGAUGCAAUAUUGCCUUAAGAGCAA